AUGCCUGGUUACUUUGGACCAGUGCCUACGUGGUCACCAACUUUUCUACCAUAUCCGACUGGUAACCAAUAUGGCAUCAACAUACAGAAUGCUAGUUACUCUUUUGAACAUAUCAUGGAACCUCCGACUCAUAUCAGCAAUACAAGCUCUGCCACUAGCAAAAUAAUUGCUAAAGAUCUCGAUAAUAGAGUUGAUGGUGGGGAAUUUGAAGCACCACUUGGUUCUCCUCUAGUUGAAGAACAUACUGAGGAACGGCCAAAUCCCUCAGAAUCUAAUACUGGCAAUCCCUUGAAAUGUCAUAAUGUCCAAGUGGUUGAUGAUGAUACGAUUGAGGAGCCAAAGUCGGGAAUGGAGUUUAAUUCCCUUGAAGAGCUAUUGUGUUAUUAUAAGGAAUAUGGUAAAAAAUGCGGGUUUGGGGUGAUGACAAAACAGACUGAUAGGGAAGAAAAUGACUCUGUUAGAUACGUCACUCUUUGUUGUGCCCGUGGUGGGAAGGCCCUGAAUAGGACGUUAAAUGUUUCCAACCCACGUCCGACAGGAAAGAUAGAAUGUAAGGCAAGAAUUAAUGCCUUAAGAGAAGUUAGCGAUGCAGUAAAAAGGGUCAUAGAUACCAAUGAUUUGGCUGGCAUCCGAGCCAGUAAGAGUUACGGAUCUCUCGUUGUUGGCGAGGGUAGAUUCGAGAAUCUCUCAUUUCUCGAAAAAGAUUGUCGCAAUUAUAUUGACAAGGCAAGACAUCUACGACUUGGGGCAGGUGGUGCUGGAGCCCUCCAACAGUAUUUUUUACGGAUGCAAUACAAAAAUUCUGGAUUUUUUUAUAUAAUGGAUAUAGAUGACGAUGGGAGGUUAAAGAACGUCUUUUGGGCAGACCCCCGUAGUAGAGCUGCGUACCAAUAUUUCGGCGAUGUGGUGACAUUCGACACCACAUACUUAACGAAUCGAUAUGGUAUGCCCUUUGCACCAUUUGUUGGUGUAAACCACCAUGGGCAAUCAAUUUUGUUGGGAGCUGGCUUGAUUUCUAGUGAGGAUACCGAGACAUUUGUAUGGUUAUUCGAGACAUGGUUGCAAUGUAAGGAUGGUAUCGCUCCGAAAGCCAUUAUCACUGAUCAAGAUAGAGCUAUGAAAAAUGCAAUCGCUCUUGUCUUUCCAAAUACAAGACAUAGAUUUUGUCUUUAG